AUCCACUUCCCAUGGCAUUCUUCCUUGGUACUCCAGCCCCAUAUUCUCUCCAUUGUGAAUUGAAGGAGGACAAGUGAGAAGCCGUACGAUAAUGGCUGUUUCUGUUUCUGCAAUGAUUGUGGACUCAAAGCUUCCAGCGGACCCUCCGCCUUCCAUCCCCAUGACCAGAUCCGACACUUUUGACUCAUUGUCAGACGAGGAGGACCUCUACAGUCGUCUAAAGUCCCUGCAGCGUCAGCUUGAAUUCAUUGAUAUCCAGGAAGAAUAUGUCAAGGACGAGCAGAAGAAUCUCAAGCGCGAGCUUCUCCGCGCCCAAGAGGAGGUCAAGCGGAUCCAGUCUGUUCCCCUCGUUAUUGGUCAGUUCAUGGAGAUGGUCGACCAGAACAAUGGCAUCGUUGGCUCUACGACCGGUUCCAACUAUUACGUCCGGAUCCUUAGCACCAUCAAUCGUGAAUUGUUGAAGCCCUCCGCUUCCGUAGCACUCCACCGCCACUCUAACGCUCUGGUCGAUGUGCUACCUCCGGAGGCAGACUCUAGCAUCUCUCUGCUUAGCCAGUCCGAGAAGCCCGAUGUUACCUAUAACGAUAUUGGAGGAUGUGACAUCCAAAAGCAGGAAAUUCGUGAGGCAGUGGAGUUGCCACUCACUCACCAUGAUCUAUACAAACAGAUUGGCAUAGAUCCUCCUCGUGGUGUUUUGCUCUAUGGUCCUCCGGGAACUGGAAAAACCAUGCUUGCCAAGGCCGUUGCUAAUCAUACGACUGCUGCUUUCAUUAGAGUUGUUGGCUCUGAAUUUGUGCAGAAGUAUUUGGGAGAGGGCCCUAGGAUGGUUCGUGAUGUUUUUCGUCUAGCCAAGGAGAAUGCUCCUUCAAUCAUCUUUAUUGAUGAGGUAGAUGCUAUAGCUACUGCUCGAUUUGAUGCUCAAACUGGAGCCGAUAGAGAAGUUCAGAGGAUUCUUAUGGAACUUCUUAAUCAGAUGGAUGGGUUUGAUCAAACAGUCAAUGUUAAGGUCAUUAUGGCGACUAAUCGUGCGGAUACUUUGGACCCUGCACUUUUGCGUCCUGGAAGGCUUGACCGAAAGAUUGAAUUUCCUUUGCCUGAUAGGAGGCAAAAGAGACUAGUUUUUCAGGUUUGCACUGCUAAGAUGAACUUAAGUGAUGAGGUGGACCUGGAGGAUUAUGUUUCUCGGCCAGAUAAGAUUAGUGCAGCUGAGAUUGCAGCUAUUUGUCAAGAAGCAGGAAUGCAUGCAGUACGCAAGAAUAGGUAUGUCAUACUCCCUAAGGACUUUGAGAAGGGCUACCGAACCAACGUGAAGAAGCCUGACACCGACUUUGAAUUCUACAAAUGACGAGGGCUGGAAAUGUGUAUGGAAUUCACAUAGCACCUGGCUUGGACAGUUUCAUUUUAGGUACAUACUUUUCUUUCUCGCACUUGGCAUAUCCUGUGGGAUGGCUUCUGUUAUAGGCAUUCUUGCAAUUUUAUAUGUUAUGCAUAGUGCAGUGAAGACGUACUGCAUCGCCAAAAUUUUCAUACAUGCCUGAGGGCAAUCCAUGUGGUAUUGACUAUGGCUGGGGACUGUUAAUUAGUGGCGAAUGGAUAAGUAUUGGGGAUUGAGUGGUUGACUUCAUCAUAGAGAUCCUUGUUUGGGAUUUGGGAUCUCUGGUUAAUGUGUGUUUUAUGAUUCGUGAACGUGAAGGUGAACUGUACUCAAAACUAAAAUUCUUAUUAGUGUAGAAUCAUUUUUGUCACCUUGA